CACUUGAAAAAAUUCUCACCCCAUCUACUUUCCUUUAUCUGUUAAUAUAGGAGAAUUCAUCUAGGGGAACAUAAGUUGUGAUUGAUUAAUUAAUGAUGAAGCCUACAUUUUUUAAGUGAAGUAGGAUAGUCAUACAUCUGCCGCCUCGUUGAUUUAGAGGCCCGUCAUCCUUCCAUCCGCUAUCAACAUUAAACAAUUUACAUCUCUUCGGCCCAAUGGCGCACAGCUAUGAUGUUGGAACGAGGGCCUGGCAGCCCGACCAGACGGAGGGCUGGGUCGCAUCCGAAGUCAGCGAGAAAUCAGUUGAUGGAGAAAAAGUGCGGCUUGUGUUUGCGAUGGAGAAUGGAGAGUCAAGGGUAAUAGAGACGACUCAAUCAGAGCUGCAACUGGAUAACAGCUCAUCUCUUCCUCCUUUAAUGAAUCCUGCGAUGUUAGAAGCAAGUGAAGAUUUAACUAACCUAUCCCAUCUAAAUGAACCGGCUGUAUUGCAAGCCAUUAAACUUCGAUACGCACAAAAAGAGAUAUAUACAUACAGUGGAAUUGUUCUCAUUGCAACCAAUCCUUUUGCGCGAGUGGACUCACUCUAUGUUCCUCAGAUGGUGCAAGUAUACGCAGGGAAACACCGAGCCUCGCAGGCUCCUCACUUAUUUGCCAUUGCAGAGGAAGCUUUUGCAGAUAUGUUGCGAGACGGAAAGAACCAGACAAUCGUGGUCUCCGGUGAAUCGGGUGCUGGGAAGACAGUCAGUGCUAAAUACAUCAUGCGCUACUUUGCCACUCGUGAAUCUUCAGAUCAACCGGGGAAGUAUACUCAGGGUAGGGCAGACUCGAUCAGUGAGACUGAAGAGCAGAUCCUAGCUACGAACCCUGUCAUGGAGGCCUUUGGGAACGCGAAAACAACACGAAAUGAUAACUCAUCUCGAUUUGGAAAAUACAUUGAGAUUAUGUUCGAUGAGAAAGCCAACAUCAUUGGUGCCAAGAUUCGGACAUAUCUUCUCGAGAGGUCGCGACUCGUUUUUCAACCUCUGAACGAACGCAAUUACCAUAUCUUCUACCAACUUGUCGCUGGAGCAGGCGAAGAAGAAAGACAAGAACUUGGUCUUCUGCCAGUAGAAGAUUUCGACUACCUGAAUCAAGGUGGCACUCCUACAAUUGACGGUGUUGACGACAAGUCCGAAUUUGAAGCAACCAGGAAAUCAUUAACCACCAUUGGUGUGCCAAGCAACAUACAGGCAGAAAUCUUUCGGCUUCUUGCUGCACUUUUACAUCUUGGAAAUGUCAAAAUCACUGCUACCCGUACUGAUUCAUCUUUGUCACCAACUGAACCUUCCCUUGUCCGUGCUUGUGAAAUGCUAGGCAUCGAUGCCAACGAAUUUGCUAGAUGGAUCGUCAAAAAACAAUUGAUAACGAGAGGCGAGAAAAUAACAUCAAACCUCACACAACAGCAGGCGACAGUUGUCCGCGAUUCAGUCGCGAAGUUCAUAUACUCAAGUCUGUUCGAUUGGCUUGUACAUAAGAUCAACAUUCGCUUGGCAACUGAUGAGGUUUUGACUAGAGUCAAGUCUUUCAUUGGCGUACUUGAUAUAUAUGGAUUCGAGCAUUUUGCCAAGAAUUCAUUCGAACAGUUUUGCAUCAACUAUGCCAACGAAAAGCUGCAACAGGAAUUCAACCAACAUGUCUUCAAACUUGAGCAAGAAGAAUAUGUACGGGAGCAGAUAGACUGGAAAUUCAUCGAGUUUUCCGAUAACCAGCCCUGCAUCGAUCUCAUUGAAGCUAAACUUGGCAUCCUUUCUCUUCUUGAUGAAGAGUCAAGACUGCCCAUGGGUUCGGAUGAGCAGUUCGUGACCAAACUUCAUCAUAAUUUUGCCGCCGACAAGCAGAAGUUCUACAAAAAGCCACGAUUCGGGAAAUCGGCAUUCACUAUCUGUCACUACGCCAUCGAUGUCACAUAUGAGUCUGACGGAUUUAUCGAGAAGAAUAGAGAUACUGUCCCUGACGAGCACAUGGAAAUUCUGCGCAAUUCAUGCAAUGCCUUCAUCAAAGAAGUCCUCGAUACCGCUGCAGCUGUUCGAGACAAAGACUCGGCCUCUAUGUCUUCAAAACAGAUUUCAACUCCAGGACGCAGGAUCGGUGUUGCUGUAAACCGCAAACCCACUCUGGGGGGGAUUUUCAAAUCAUCCCUUAUCGAACUCAUGAAUACAAUCAACUCGACGGAUGUACAUUACAUACGCUGUAUAAAGCCAAACGAGGCCAAGGAAUCUUGGAAAUUCGAAGGUCCCAUGGUCCUCAGUCAGCUGAGGGCAUGUGGUGUUCUUGAGACCGUCAGAAUUAGCACUGCUGGCUAUCCAACGCGUUGGACGUACGAGGAGUUUGCGCUCCGCUAUUACAUGCUAUGUCAUUCAUCACAGUGGACGUCCGAAAUUCGGGAUAUGUGCCAUGCUAUUUUGAGGAAGGCUCUCGGGGAUGUCAGUCACCAGAAGCAAGACAAGUACCAACUUGGACUGACCAAGAUUUUCUUCCGUGCGGGCAUGCUAGCAUUUCUUGAGAAUCUUCGCACAUCCAGAUUGAAUGAAUGUGCAAUUAUGAUUCAGAAGAACCUGCGCUGUAAAUAUUACCGCCGCAGGUAUCUUGAAGCGCGAACUUCUAUUCUCACAACCCAAGCGUUGGUUAGAGGGUAUUUGGCCAGACGAGUUGCAGAAGAAGUUCGCCAGGUUCGAGCAGCGACCACGAUACAAAGGGUCUGGCGUGGCCAAAAAGAGCGGAAACGAUAUAACCAGAUCCGCGGGAAUUUCAUUCUCUUCCAGUCUGUCGCCAAAGGUUUCCUUUGUCGCCGAAACAUCAUGGAUACCAUUCUCGGCAAUGCAGCGAAGACUAUACAACGUGCAUUCCGCUCUUGGCGACAGUUACGUGCCUGGCGUCAAUACCGCCAUAAUGUUAUUGUAGUCCAAAAUCUGUGGAGAGGCAAAACCGCCCGAAAGCAAUACAAAACACUACGGGAAGAGGCAAGGGAUUUGAAACAGAUUUCCUACAAGCUUGAGAAUAAGGUUGUGGAAUUGACUCAGUAUUUGGAAUCGCUCAAGCGUGAGAACAAGUCACUGGUUUCGCAGCUAGAGAAUUACGAAACGCAAUUAAAAUCAUGGCGAAGCCGGCACAAUGCAUUGGAAAAUCGCUCGAAAGAACUUCAAGCUGAGGCAAACCAAGCUGGGAUAACCGCGGCUCGUCUUGCAGCAUUGGAAGAGGAAAUGGCCAAAGUUAGCCAGCAACAUUCGGAUGCUCAGGCAACUAUCAAACGCCUACAAGAGGAGGAGAAGAUCUCAAGGGAAUCAAUCAGAUCCGCAAACCUGGAGUUGGAAGCACUUAAACAGCUGAACUCUAAUCAUGAAACCGACAAAGCUACCCUUCGCCAACAGGUUCUUGAACUCCAAGAACAGCUGGAACUCGCGAAAAGAUCCUUGCCAGUGAAUGAUGCCAAUGGAGAAUUGCAAAAUGGAAACUCCAUUCCCCCACCUGCUACAGGCUUAAUUAACCUGGUUUCCUCAAAAAAGCCCAAGCCCCAGAGACGCAGUGCAGGAGCGGAGAAGAUCGAAACAGAUCGUUUCAGUGGCGCGUACAACCCACGGCCUGUUUCUAUGGCAAUCCCAGGUUCCACGUUGGGCCGUCAAAUUGUUUCGGGACCAUCAUUAUCUCCAGGAUUUGAUUCUGUCGAGGCUGAACUUGAGAACCUAUUGUCAGAAGAGGAGGACCUGAAUGAAGAAGUGACAAUGGGCUUGAUCCGCAACCUGAAGAUUCCACUUCCUAGCAGCAACCCGCCGCCCACAGAGAAAGAAGUUCUAUUCCCUGCUUAUCUGAUCAAUCUCGUGACAUCAGAAAUGUGGAAUAAUGGUUUUGUCAAAGAGUCAGAACGCUUUCUGGCUAACGUCAUGCAAUCUAUCCAGCAAGAGGUCAUGCAGCAUGAGGGCGAUGAUGCCAUCAGCCCUGGUGCUUUUUGGUUAUCAAAUGUCCAUGAAAUGCUUUCUUUCGUCUUCCUCGCAGAAGACUGGUACGAAGCACAGAAGACUGAUAAUUAUGAAUAUGAUCGUUUGCUGGAGAUAGUCAAACAUGAUUUGGAAAGUCUGGAGUUCAACAUCUAUCACACUUGGAUGAAGGUUCUGAAGAAGAAACUCUAUAAAAUGAUAGUACCGGCUAUCAUUGAGUCGCAAUCUUUGCCUGGUUUUGUCACGAGCGAAACAAACCGAUUUCUUGGAAAGCUUCUCCCCUCAAACAACAACCCGGCAUAUAGUAUGGACAACCUUCUCAGUCUUUUGAAUAAUGUGUACAAAGCGAUGAAAGCGUUCUUUCUCGAAGACACCAUUGUUACUCAGACUGUCACGGAGCUGCUUCGACUUGUUGGUGUCACUGCGUUUAAUGACCUCCUCAUGCGGAGGAACUUCCUCUCUUGGAAACGUGGGCUCCAGAUAAAUUACAAUAUCACUCGUAUUGAGGAGUGGUGCAAAAGCCAUGAUAUGCCUGAAGGAACAUUGCAGUUGGAACAUUUGAUGCAAGCAACCAAGCUUUUGCAGCUAAAGAAAGCGACAUUGAAUGAUAUUGAGAUCAUUCAAGAUAUCUGCUGGAUGCUUUCACCGAACCAAAUCCAAAAGCUUUUGAAUCAGUAUCUCGUGGCAGACUAUGAGCAGCCCAUUAAUGGCGAAAUAAUGAAGGCGGUGGCCUCCCGUGUCACUGAAAAGAGCGAUGUGCUUCUUUUAACACCCGUGGAUAUGGAAGACAGUGGUCCGUACGAGAUUGCUGAGCCUCGUGUUAUCACUGCGUUAGAGACGUACACUCCAUCCUGGCUUCAAACACCUCGACUAAAACGCCUUGCUGAGAUUGUAUCUGCUCAGGCUAUGGCUCAGCAGGAGAAGCUUGACCUGACAGAGAGCGCCGAAACUCCUACUGACUGAUUCCAUGCCUGAUCCACGGAUCUCAUUAAGUCUGACAGAAUAUAGCAACCAUGGUCAGAAUGGCUGCAAACCGAGGCUUCAUUUACGCCUAAGGACCUGAGUGUACUAGCUUUUAGAAAAUUUACCCGGCUCACCCUUGCAGAUUUAGAGCUUAUAAAAAAACCAAUCUGCGAUUCUCCAC